GUUGCCAUAACAUAACACAGGUGGUUUGUUUAUCUUGUCAGGAGGUUUCUGAAUUUGGUUCGGCUUCUGAAUUCUGAUACUGGUUUCAGUAAUUCAGUGUUAAGUAAGCUCUUGACCGACACAAAACAAAGAAGAUAUUCCAUGUAUUUAUAGACAGGCUCAGCUCACCAAACUUGUUUGUUGUAGACUUGUACUCUUGCGCCGCAGCGCCACACACACCCUGCUAGUUGCUACUCUAAACCAGUACAAAGCAACACAGUUCAGUAGGUUGAGUGAGUGAGUGAGCCUUGCAUUGUGUCGGCUAGGUGGCAAUGGCGACGAGCAGGCCGUUAAGCAGCUCGAGCUGGAGGAGGAGUGCCAUGGCCAUGGCAAUGGUGGUCGUGCUUGCCGGCAGCGUGACCGGCGCGCGCGGGCAGCUCAGGAUGGGGUUCUACGACAAGAGCUGCCCGGGGGUGGAGCGGCUGGUCGGCGCUUUCGUCCGGCAGCACGUCGACCGCGUGCCCACCGUCGCCGCCGCGCUGCUCCGGCUGCACUUCCACGACUGCUUCGUCAGGGGCUGCGACGCGUCCGUGCUGCUCAACUCGACCGCCGGCGGCGUGGCGGAGAAGGACGCGCCGCCGAACCUGACGCUGCGCGGCUUCGACUUCGUCGACCGCGUCAAGGCCCUCGUCGAGGAGGCGUGCCCCGGCGUCGUCUCCUGCGCCGACGUCCUCGCGCUCGCCGCCCGGGACGCGGUCGCCGCCAUUGGCGGGCCGUCGUGGCGCGUGCCGACGGGGAGGAGGGACGGCACGGUGUCGAGCAUGCAGGAGGCGCUCGACGAGAUCCCCAAGCCGUCCAUGAGCUUCAAGCAGCUCACCGACCUGUUCGCCACCAAAGGCCUUGGCGUCCGUGAUCUCGUGUGGCUCUCAGGCGCGCACACGAUCGGCAUCGCCCACUGCUCGUCCUUCGCCGACCGCCUCUACGGCCACCCCGGCGCCGGCGCCGGCAACGACACAACCGACCCGACCCUCGACGCCGCCUACGCCGCCAACCUCCGCCGGCGCAAGUGCCGGGCGCCGAGCGGCGGGUUCGCCGAGGACGCCGUCGUGGAGAUGGACCCGGGCAGCCACCUGACGUUCGACCUGGGCUACUACCGCGCGCUGCGCAAGCACAGGUGCCUGCUCCAGUCCGACGCCGCGCUGCUCACCGACCCGGCGGCGCGGGCCGACGUCGAGAGCGUCGCGGGUGGGCCCGACGAGGUGUUCUUCCAGCUGUUUGCGCGGUCCAUGGCGACACUGGGGACGGUUCAGGUCAAGACGGGCGCCGAGGGGGAGAUCAGGAGGAACUGCGCCGUCGUCAACUCCCCCUCCAACUGAUUUUCUCCGUUAUUCUUUCUAGGGAUUUUCAGUGGAGGAUGUGUCAUCUUGCUCUUGCAUUUUGGUCAUUUGAAGUCGUUAUAGCUACUGAAAUUUUGUUGAGGUUUCCUCUUUGUUGCGUUUGAUGUUAACUGUCGAACGUUGCUGCUGUUGUGUUGCAACUUCCAGCCUACACAGCUACUAUCAAUAGUCUUGAAAAUA